UUAUCAAAUAAUUAUUGUCGCCUACCAAUCACCCGGCAACAACGACACCGAAGAGAUUCUACUUCAUCUAGUAUCGAGAACAUCUAGCCUCGAGCUAGACGCUGUGCUUUCUUAAUACGACUGGUCCUCAGAAUUGGUCGCCAACCACGCCGUCAUCACCAUCAAUCACACAUCCGUACAUACGUCAAUAAACACCGCCUUUGAGCGAUCUGCCAAGAUGGCGGAUCCCGUUCAAGUCAAGGAUGAGUUCCAGGAGGAAACAUUCAUGGAUGAGAUAGCGGAGGAUGAAUCGGGCGACCUGGAGUUCUACGAUAAGAGCGCGAUGGACCCAAACUACGACAAUAUGUACCUCGCCAGAGUACCUCACUAUGUAUGGGAGGCUUGGGCCGAACUCCCCGACGAUGCCAACAUACAGGUCGGAAAGAUUCGGCAGUGGUAUGAGCCCGACGCAAAGGGAGAGCAACACAUCAAACUUCGCAUGCUUCUUGAUCAUAGCAUCGGCGCGCACCAGAUGAUACCAAAGGAGUAUGACUUGAGGAUAACGGAAAUGACGGUCAAAGAUACCUUCAUAUUCUCGGAAGAGGAUCUUCCCGAAUACAAGGAGAAGAACCGCGCCCGUCGAGAGGCUGCCGCUGCAGGAAUCCCUGCCCAUCUCCUUCGCAACACCGCUUUGGACAACACCAGCAACAAUAACAGCAACAGCGGCUCCGGUGGGAGCAGUGGCGCCGGACGUGGCAACACGGAGAAUAACGACAAGCCGCAGAAAUCAGGCUAUGGUAAAGGACGAAAGGGCCCGAGAAAGGAAUUCUACCGUAAAGCAGUACCAAAGAAAACCAAAAUCGCAGGACGCAUCAAGCACGAGCUGAACAGCAUCCCUGUGGAUAACCCUGAAACGGAUCAUUUGUUGGCUCUGAGGGCACUUGAGGCCGCGAAACCCAAGGCCAAGGUUGCCUUCCAAGACGAGACCAACAUCUCCCAGAACAGCAUCAACCGUGCCACAGACUUUACCACAUCGCGGAAAUACCAGAGUUUUAUUACGGCAAAUGCGGCUCCACCACCAGUUGUCACAAAACAGAAGAAGACGGAGCUCAAGGCAGCGCGUAUUCCCGAGAACGAACUGUUGGAUCAAAUCUUCCAGCUCUUCCGCAAGUUCAGUUACUAUCACAUGAAGACUCUCAGGGUCGAACUUCGACAGCCCGAGGCAUAUCUGCGGCAAACCUUGGAAAAAGUCGCCGUAUUGCACAAGUCAGGCAACCUAACGAAUACCUGGGGGCUGACGGACGACGCCAAAAGGUCCAACGGCAUCUCCCUCGACGGCCCAGCCACGGUUGCCCCUACAGUGGAAGGCGAGCUGAAAGACGACGACGAAGAAGAGGAUAUCAAGAUGGAGGAUGUUCCGUAGGGGGGUUGUCUUGACCUCGAACUAAUUUGCAGCGAACUGAUGGAUGGUUAUUUUUAACCCGGUUGAGAACGCUUGUAUUGUUAUGUAAAACUGCCAUCACACUCGAUUGUUAACGGCACCAGACAGACAGACUGGAGUGGUGAACAGCGUAUCAUUUUCCCCAAGAUAUGGACAUUGAUGAUGAGCUCAUGCCUUCUGACCUUUGCUAGAAGGUUGUUGACGCUACCUUAGUGGUAUGGUACCAGAAUAAGGCAGAGCUGGUAAAUUGAGUAAAGGUUGAUAUCCAGUCUUGCAGUACAAAAAGCAAC